CCGAGCAUGACAUCAUGGCUGCGACGUAAUUACAGCCGACUAAACACAAGGAGGUCGUAUGGCGGAACCGUGGUAGACUGUGCAGGAGCAGCUGGUAAAGGGUGUUUUUAUCUGAUGUCUAUUCGGCUGCCCGGAGAGGCCGGACGGGGCCAAGUGUCCGAAGUGUUUCUGACACUGGAGACCGGUCGUUUUCGGUCGAGUUUUUCGAAAAGUCUUCGGCGCAUUCACCGCGAUCUCUCGCCCUCCACGAGGGAUCUGACUGCGAGGACAAGUGGAGACACGUCCCUCUCUCCCCGUCUCUCUCUGUCUCUGCGUGUUUCGUCGGAGUCCUCUCAGAGCUAUAGGCUGCGGCUCGGCUCGUUUCUGAGCGAAGCAGGCUGGUCGGUCUGUGCGCACAUGCUCAGUGGCGUUAUUUUGGCGCACGGAGGCUAUAAGAGCGCAGCGGCUGGAGGCAGACGGCAGCAGAGAGACCGGAAAGACGAGCAGGCACAGCGGGAGGAGACCCCGAGCGCAGACCCGAGAGCUGCAGACGGACCGUCGCGACCAGAUGAGCCGUCGCCGACUCAGCCGCAGACCCGGCUCCGUGCUGGGCAGCCUGAGCUAGGCGCAUGACUUCGUGCCACACGGCUCCGCUCGCAACUUCGCCUCCGUAGACUCGAGCCUUCGAUCGUGUUUUCUCGUUAUUUCGUUGCCACCAUGGUACUGGGCAAAGUCAGGGCCUUGGCGGUCUACUUUGACAGUUUGAAUGAGAACAACCUGCCGGUUUUCUCCGGCGGGGAACUGGUGUCGGGGAGGGUGGUCGUGGAGGUCACCGGGGAUGUGCGGGUGAAGCGCCUGGCCAUAACGGCGAGAGGAGUCGCCAAGGUCCGGUGGACGGAGUCGAGGAACGCCGGAGCCAACACGGCGUACACUCAGAACUACACGGAGGAGGUGGAAUACCUGCACCACUACGACACCUUGAUAGGAGAGGAGCGAGGUAAGGAGCCGGUCGCAUCUCACCGUCGCGUAACCGCCGUUGUUUUCGCCGCGUGCGGAGUGAUGCGGGUCAGCUGAUCGGGGCAAACUUUUCGCAGAGGCUGGCGCGCGUGCCAGAAAAAGUUUGCGAACGCAGGGGGUGCAGUCGCGUGUCAAAACAAACCGCGGAGCCCCCGAGACCCCCCAGUCCACCGGCCGCCGUGGUGCUGAUGCGACGGCCGGCGCGGAAAGGUUCAGCCGAAGCGUUUCAUGGGCUCCGAGCAGGCUUCACACACACUCUGCAUCCUGACAUCUGACAGUUUGUUUUGGGGGGGGGGGGGUGCAAUCAAUGUGCGAAACGCUUCGCCUAAAAAGAAGAAAUCGGCCCCGAAAUCGAAAGCGGCCGAAGGCUUUUGACGUUUGGCGCAACAUGAACGCGAACUGAUGGGGAAUGGACAUUUUCACUGAUGACAUCCUGGAGCAGGCGAGCUCAGGCAACUCCCUUUGUUAGAAGCGGUUCAAACCUGUUCAGAAAC